GGUGGUGUCUCGCCAUGCAGCGCGCGGGUGGGAGAAGGGCCUGUGCGCCAUGAGCCACACUCCUAUAGGCGGCCACCCGCAAGGUUGGGAGCACAAGCUUGCUGACAGGUCGUCGCUGCCGCCGGCUUCUGGGGAGGAGAAGAACAAAUCUCAGUCCAAAUAUGUGUUCGCACAACCACAUCUGUCCAAGGUCAGUAUGGCGUGGCGCGAGCAGACGGAAGGGUCGUCGGGUAGCUCGGCGCGCUCGCCCGCCUCGCCGCCCUACAUGCGCUGGGCACGCAGUCUCCACGAGCUGCUCGAGGACGCGGAGGGCGUACGUUUGUUCCGCAAGUACGUCAGCGGCGCGGGCGGGCUGCACGUGGACCGCCUCAACUUCUACUUCGCAGUGCAGGGGCUGCGACAGGAACACGAGCCCGCCAAGAUACGGCAGGUCGUCUCCGCUAUUUACAAAUUCCUGCGCAAGUCUCAGCUAGCGAUGCCGGAAGAGCUGAAGCAGCACGUGAAGCAGAGCCUCAAGGAUGGCUCUAACAUCGAGAAGACUAUAUUCGAUAAUAUGGAGCAGGAGGUGACGCGUGCGAUAACGGAGACGACAUACCAGUCGUUCUUGCGGUCGGACGCGUACGUGUCGUACGUCAGCGCCGCCACGCAACCGCUGUCAUCGCCAGACGCCUCGCCGCCGCAUCCACCCAGAGAGGCGGCAGUAGGCGGGCUGGCGACGCUGCACGAGGGCCAGGAGCUGGGCGCGGGCGCGGCGCUGGGCGCGGGCGCGGGCACGGCGCCGGCCGCGCGACUCACGCACGACGCGCUGCUGGCCACGCAGUCGCGCCGGCUGCACUCCGACGUCGCACCACACCGCAAGCGCUCAGUGUACAGUGCGCACGUGUCGUACGCGGGCUACUGCCCCGCCUCGCGGCAGGACUCGGAGCGAGCCAGUCUCAGCAGCGGACGGACCGACUCCGACGCCAUCUCGCUCUCCGGCAGCAGUGUCGAUGGUAUGUCAGUGCGCAACGUACGUGAGCCGCGCGAGUCCCGGCACCGGCCGCGUCUGCACGGCCUCGACCGACACGCUGUCAUCAACAAGGAACAGGAUACUGCCAUGGUGAUCCCCCGUACGGCGCGAGUCCAGUCGGAACAGUUGCGCGUGUUGCCGCCGGCGGAGUUCGCGCCGCUACUCAUUGAGAAGUUGGAGCGCGUGCGGCGGGACCAGGAGGCCAAGGAGAGGCUCGAGAGGAGACUCGCUGAGGGUGAUGUAGAAGAAGCUUCGAGUCAAGUGUUACCACCGCAACUAGUAGCAGCCGCCAUCCGAGAGAAACUACAACUUGAUGACGACAACGAUCAAGAUAUCCUCGACCAGCACGUGUCCCGAGUAUGGUCGGAGCGCACCCCGGGCGCGUCCCCCCCCGGCGGGCGGCGGCCCCGCGCGCGGCCGCACCCCCCGCACCCCGCGCGCCGCGCCCCCUCCGCGCUGUCGGCCGACUCCGGCCACUACGACGCGCCGCCUGACUCACUGCAUCAUCCACACUCACUCACGCGCAGUUACUCCGGCAGGUCGUUCUCUAAGAAGACGGUGACGGAGCUGACGGACAGCGGAGUGUCAGUAGUGUCGGAGGGGGGCGUGGAGCCUCGCAUCCUGCUGUGGAUGGCGGAGGGCGAGCGCCUGGACCGCCUGGACCGCGGCGACCGCGGCGACCGCGAGCGUCUCGAGCGCCGCCAUCACUCGCGUGCCUCGUCUGCUGACCGCGACGACCUGCGCCGCAAGGACAAGCCGCCACGAGCCGCGCGCGGCAGUGGCAGCAAGUCGAGCAGUACGAGCGGCGGCGGCGCGGAGAGCCACACGGUGGUGGUGGUGACGUUCCUGGACGAGAACGUGCCCUACAGGUUCAAGGUGCCCGCCUCGCCGCUCACUCUCAAGACCUUCAAGGAUUACCUGCCUAGAAAGGGCAACUAUAGAUACUUCUUCAAAACUAAUUGCGCCGAUCUAGACACGGUGAUCCAAGAGGAAGUGAGCAGCGACUCGGACACUCUGCCCAUGUUUGAAGGUAAGGUCAUGGCGCGCGUCAAGAGCAUCGACUAG